AUGGCGACUCCCAACAACGUUACUCCCACCAACUGCAGCUGGUGGCCCAUCUCCGCGCUGGAGAACGACGCGGGGAAAUCCACGGAAGGGGAGGAAAACCAGGAGCCGACGGACCCCGCUCUCAGAUCCCAGGACAGGCUGGUUUUGUACCACUGGACCCAGUCCUUCAGCUCGCAAAAGCACUGUGUCCCCGGCCUCUCGGCCCAGGUGCGGCUGGUCAUCGCGGAGAAGGGGCUGCCCUGCGAGGAGCGGGAUGUCAGCAUGCCCUCCCUGGAGACCAAGGAGCCCUGGUUCAUGCGGCUCAACCUGGGGGAGGAGGUGCCUGUCAUCAUCCACAGGGACAACAUCAUCAGCGACUACAACCAGAUCAUCGACUACAUGGAGAAGAACUUCACGGGCGAACACGUGGCGCAGCUGAUCCCCGAGCCGGGCACGCCGCUGCACUCGCGGGUGCUGCAGUACCGGGAGCUGCUGGACUCGCUGCCCAUGGACGCCUACACACACGGCUGCAUCCUGCACCCCGAGCUCACCACCGACUCCAUGAUCCCCAAGUACGCCACUGCCGAGAUCCGCAGACAUUUAGCUAAUGCCAGCACAGAGCUGAUGAAGCUGGACCACGAAGAGGAGCCACAGCUAUCAGAGCCCUACCUCUCCAAGCAGAAGAAGCUCAUGGCCAAGAUCCUGGAGCAUGACAAUGUGAACUACUUGAAGAAGAUCCUUGGUGAACUGGCGAUGGUGCUUGACCAGAUUGAGGCUGAGCUGGAGAAGAGGAAACUGGAGUACCAAGGGCAGAAGUGUGAACUUUGGCUCUGCGGAUGUGUCUUUACUCUGGCCGAUGUCUUACUAGGAGCCACCCUGCACCGCCUCAAGUUUCUGGGACUCUCUAAGAAAUACUUUGAGGAUGGCAGCAGACCCAACCUACAGUCCUUCUUCGACAGGAUACAAAAACGCUUCGCCUUCAGGAAAGUUUUGGGAGAUAUCCACACCACGCUCCUCUCCGCAGUGGUACCCAACGCCUUCAGGCUGGUCAAGCGGAAACCUCCCUCCUUCUUCGGAGCCUCCUUCCUGAUGGGAUCUCUGGGGGGAAUGGGAUAUUUUGCUUAUUGGUACUUAAAGAAAAAAUACAUCUAG